AUGAAGACCGCGCUCGCGGUCAUUGCGACAGUCUGGGUCAUCGCGCCUGGUGCUCUGGCUGUCGGGCCCCGUGGUGCUGCCGAGUGUUGGGUACCCGCCCGGUCUAUUGUGUCUCUGAUGGCAAUAGGAAUGCCUCCGGAUUGUCCUAAAAUCCAGUACCCUCCAAAAGUGGAUUACAGCAUAACAUGCGGCAGUUGGGGGCCGUUUCUUCGUCACCUCAUGUGCAAUGGUGAUCAUCGCGAAUCGUCGGACAAUCUUCGCCAUGCCCGUCGCAGGAUGACGGCACAGUAUGACGGGGUCCUCACAACGCGGAGCAUUAAAGGCCACUUUGUGCCUGUUGAUGCGGGAUAA